UCCUCACCUGCCUGCGUAAUUUCACGCUCUCAUCCGCCGUCUCGCACUGUCCACAUUCCACAACCCCAAACACGUCUUCACUUCCUCUUCUCCAAAACACACAACAUAUCAAAACCUGUCGAAAUAAACCCACAACACAUCUCCACCGCCAUGUCUUACUCCACCGCCAUGUCUUACUCCACCGUUGCUCCACCUUCCACCUCCUUCAUCAACAAAACGACCACCACCACAAAGAAGGAUUUGGGUCUCUCUGCUUUCUCUCCCACAUCGCCGGUGUCGCUUCAGCGAUGCCGGAGAUCAGUCUCCAAGAGAAUCUGCUCCGUCAUGGCCCCAUCGGAGCGGAGGCCAGCCACUACUGGCUCGGUGAAGACUGGAAUGACGAUGACGGAGAAGAUACUGGCAAGGGCUUCUGAGAAGACCCAUUUGAGUCCCGGUGACAAUGUUUGGGUUAACGUUGAUGUUUUGAUGACCCAUGAUGUUUGUGGCCCUGGUUCCUUUGGUAUCUUCAAGAAAGAGUUUGGACAGAAUGCCAAGGUUUGGGACCGAGAAAAGAUUGUGAUUAUACCUGACCAUUAUAUAUUUACCACUGAUGAGCGUGCAAACCGGAAUGUGGAUAUCUUGAGGGAUUUCUGCACGGAGCAGAACAUCAAGUAUUUCUAUGAUAUCAAGGAUCUUGGUAACUUUAAGGCUAACCCAGAUUAUAAGGGUGUAUGCCAUGUUGCUCUUGCUCAAGAAGGUCAUUGCAGGCCUGGAGAGGUGCUGCUAGGUACAGAUUCUCACACCUGUACCGCUGGAGCUUUUGGACAAUUUGCCACUGGAAUCGGGAACACUGAUGCAGGUUUCGUAUUGGGCACUGGGAAGCUUUUGCUUAAGGUGCCUCCAACUCUGAGAUUUGUGCUGGAUGGUGAAAUGCCUGACUAUUUGCUUGCCAAAGAUUUGAUUUUGCAGAUUAUUGGUGAAAUCUCUGUUGCUGGUGCAACAUACAAAGCUAUGGAGUUUGUUGGCAGCACUGUUGAAAGCUUAAGUAUGGAAGAGAGGAUGACAUUAUGCAACAUGGUUGUUGAAGCUGGGGGUAAGAAUGGUAUCGUCCCUGCUGAUAGCACUACAUACAAGUACCUUGAGGGUAAAACGUCUGUACCUUAUGAACCUGUGUACAGUGAUGAUAAAGCAAGAUUUCUUACCGAGUACAGAUUUGAUAUAUCAAAACUGGAGCCAUUGGUAGCAAAGCCUCAUUCUCCAGAUAACCGUGCUUUAGCAAGAGAAUGCAAAGAUGUCAAAAUUGAUAGAGUCUAUAUUGGAUCUUGCACUGGUGGUAAAACAGAGGAUUUUAUGGCUGCUGCUAAAGUUUUUCUAGCAUCAGGAAAAAAGGUUAAAGUACCCACUUUUCUUGUUCCUGCUACGCAAAAGGUUUGGAUGGACGUGUACAGUCUUCCAGUACCAGGAUCUGGUGGGAAGACCUGCUCACAGAUAUUUGAGGAAGCUGGUUGUGACACACCUGCAAGUCCUAGUUGUGGCGCUUGCUUGGGUGGUCCAAAGGACACAUACGCUCGCUUGAAUGAACCACAGGUAUGUGUCUCUACUACAAAUAGGAACUUCCCGGGCAGAAUGGGCCACAAGGAAGGCCAGAUAUAUCUUGCUUCACCAUAUACAGCUGCAGCAUCUGCUUUGACCGGUUAUGUCACCGACCCAAGAGAGUUUUUGCAGUAAGCAACUGAUGUCUUCACUGAUUAUUACUAGAUUGUUAUGAACUCUUCCGUUGUUAGUUAGGUAGCCGAAAUUAAAGGAAAUAAUGGGUCGUCACACCCAUGUCAAUGGUUUUGUAUGCUGUGAUUAUCGGGGCAGUACCAUAUGUAUUUUGUGAAUUGUGAGCAUGAGUGCGUAGAACGAGUAUAAACCAGAAAAUGAGGCGUCUAUCUAUGUGAACAUAAUUUGACGACAUCUUAUUUUAUUGGAUAGAAUCACAUCCUUUUUUUCUCAA